AUGGCCUCACUGGCAGAUACCGUGCACUCGCUAAAGUCCGCGCGCGACAUCCUGCUACGGGACCAUACGCUGUAUCCUCAAGUAGUCCCGGGCAUCAUCCAAGUCAUUGCGCCCGCUGCCCACGUCGAGCUGCGACGAUGGGGCGCCGACUUUCUCGCGGAGACGUUUGCAUCGCAGGUGGUGACGCGGGAUGAAAAGCAGCAGAUGUCACUGGCUGUGCUCGACACAAUCAAGGGCUACUUGAGCAGGAAGGAGACGAUGGGCGAGGACGAGGACAGGAAUGUUGUGAAAAGCGCUGUGCAAUGCGCUGCGAGCAUUUACGAGUUUGUCUUUCGACAUACCGCGACCACGCCUGCAGAUAGUGAGACGUGGGCGAAGAUUGCCGGCAUCAAGAGUAGCAUCUUGCGCAGAAUGGACACGACCGGGCCUGGUGUGAGGAUGUGCUGCAUCAAGUUCGUGGCGUGUGUGGUACAAACGCAGACUCCAGGCUUGAUUGCAGAUCCCAGGAGGCCAGAGUACGAGAUCAGUCUGGCCUUGGUGCCGCGGGACCAUCCCAUCGUCCCGCCUGCGAAUCUAGAGGCUGAGGCUUCUGGAUUGCUGGAUAGAUUGUUGGGCGUGCUUCAAGACAACAUGACCGACCCUCUGAUUGUGACGGCCACUCUGAACGCUCUUGCGACCCUUGUGCAGAAGCGUGCGAGCGUCUCGAGCAAAAUUCUCGCUACUGUUCUACAAUUCAAUCCGCUCAAACUCGCGGGCAGGCCAAUGAGUGGCCAGGAGAAGAUUGCCAUUCGCAGUAUGACAAGGACCACCAUGUCCUUCCUGCUCAACUGCCUGAAGAGGAAUCCCAAUAGCACAUUCGCUUUGAGACUGCAGCAACAGGUGGAGCGUUUAAAGCACCACUUGACAGAGGCGUUGUCGAUACAACACCUCAAGCGCCCCGCGCCCAACGAGCCCAUCGAUGGUCUCGACGACGCAAAGCGACAACGUCUGGACAAUGCUGUCACCAACGGUGCUACACAAUUGCAAAGGCCGCCUCCACCACCACAACAACCACAGCCUCCCAGCUACCCACCAUUACCACCAGGGCCUGUUUCCAUCGCUCAAUUAUGGACGCUCACAGCAGAUGCCCGAGCAAACACGUUUCAUGCCGAGCGCUUACCCGCACAGGCCGUCACCCAACUCGUCCCAGCUAUCUUCCAAUCCUUCUCCCAAGACAAACUGAACGACGCGAUCAACGUAGUCCGAGCACGGUGGUUGAGCGUCAGUCGCCAAGCUCCUGCAUCUGCGCUGGCGGUCGCUGCAGAUGUAGUGGGAACAGUAGACGAUGACGACGACUACGACCCGACGCUUUCUCUGGGCGACGCAACGGAUCAAGUCCUAGACAGACUGGAUCAAGCACCUCCACAGGAGAUCACCACUUCAGUCGCGGUGGGAUCUUUCAACCKGCCGGCACCUCCAACGCUCAACGAACAGGCUCGAGACGAGUACAGCAAAACAGCACUCACGCGGGUGUUUGGAACACUGGCAGAACUGGACAAGGAUACAAAGACGAAGGGCAAGCAGUCAAAUGAGCACGGCUUCAAUAGAUUAGUUGCUGCGAAUCCCACAGGACAUGACCGAGAAGGCUGGAUCACGCUCGUGACAAGACUUGCGACGCGGGCAAGUUUCGAUCUUGAAGGAAGUGCCAUCAAGACCGAGGGCGAGACGAGGACAGUGAACAAGAAAGGCUCAGCAUUCAACCUCUCGGAUGGAAUUCGGGAGACGCUGUUGAACUAUGUCAUGGAGAGCUUCCGAACCCGUAUCGAGGUGGCCAUCAUAUGGCUAAACGAGGAGUGGUAUUCAGAUUGCUUGCUGCUCAAACAGCGACAGCAGGAUGGAGCCGCCGAGGAAGGGGAUGGGGAUUUGCCGAAUUAUUGGCCCUGGUUACUGAGGCUGUUCGACAACAUUCUCCCGUACCUUGAUGUGAAGGAUGGCAAGAUCAUCAUUCGGGUUCUGAGUGAGAUUCCGGCGGUGAAUGUCAGCGUGUUAGACCGGGUGAGAAAGAUUGCGGAGGAUCCAGAGCGGGUCGCCAUCAGCUGCAAUGYGCUGCUUUACUUGGUCAUGUUUAGGCCCCCCGUGAGGGAGCUGGUGUUGGAUUGCGUGCAAAAGUUGUGGAGGGAAAAUGCGGACGCCAAAAGCGCGGCGGGAAAGAUAUUGGGGAAGUACAGGCCUGAUGUCUUGAAGGAAGAUGCUGCGAAAAAGGAGGAGGCUUAG